GACAAGCGCAUCUUCUGAGUCUCAGCGCGUGGCUGACCAAUGCUGAAAUUCGGCAUCGCUAAUUCUACUGAUGACUUUGAAAUAGUAACAAAAGUUCCAAAGCUUUAUCGUAAAAGACCUAAAACUGUGAUUAAAAGUGCGAAGACUGGGAAGAAAAAAUGCACAAAAAAGGCUAAGGAAGAUGAUCAAGUUUUGAAACCUGCGUGGACGGAUGACGAUGAUAUUGCUCCACAAAUAUCAAUCCGGCCUCCACGAGCCUUAGACGUGUUUGCUAAAAUAGAUCAGCUUAGAAACGUGAAAUCAGUUGGCUCAGAUGAUGAAGGGGAUUGCAUUUCCUCUCGGAAAUCUGCUGCAUGUGAUGAGAAAAGCUCUAAAAUACUCUCUUACGGAAAAGAAAUAGGCGUUAAGAGACUUAGUGAUGUCAAUCGUGAGAGAAGGUCAAUGGCUUCAAUCGUAUCAACUGAGUUCAAUACGCACCACCGUAUGCUUUUAACUGCAAGCGUAGAUAGUACUAUGGCUUUUUUCAAGGUUGAUGGCUCGGAAAAUGCACUACUGCGUGAUCGUGUGUAUGAAAACUUUUCUCUUUCUUCAGCUAAGUUUACAGCUUACGGUGAUAAAGUUAUUUUUACCGGGAAUGUUGGCUCGUUUCGUAUUUAUAAUUUAGAAACUGGAAAUGAAAGUCGUGCAAGACGAUUUAUUGGUUCAUCAAAAGACGAAACAAUCACUAAAUGUUUUAUUUCACCAGCUCAUCCAAAUUUGGUAGCCCUGGGAACCAAUGGAAGUGCUGUGUAUCUGGCCGAUUUACGAAGUUUAGAAAAAAUUUCAGUUAUGAGAGCAAGUGGUAUAACCAAUUCAAUUUGUUUCACUCAAGAUGGAACAUUUUUGAAUACUUAUGGGGCUGAAGGUUCUAUCUAUGUAUUUGAUCUACGAGUUAAUAAAGCUAGAAUUAUUCAUCGUUGGUUUGAUCAAGCCAGUACAAAUGGUUUAUCUAUCUCUUCUUCACCUAAUUCACAAUGGAUUGCUUGUGGGGCAGAUAGCGGUUAUGUAAAUGUUUACAAAUGGUCAUCUACGAUGAAUACAGAGAAUCCACUACCUGAUAAAGCUAUUGGUAAUUUAGUUACCGGUGUUAAUUCGCUUUGUUUUCACCCCUCUAAUGAAAUUCUUUGUCUGGCUUCUUCGCAACGCCCAGAUGCUGUUCGACUUGUAUGUUUUCCUAAUAGCUAUCAUAUUUGUAUAAUUUAUUAGUGUCAUUUGGUGGUUAAAACUUUUGACUUUCACGAACUCAAAGUCCGCUUUACUUAUUUUGGCUUGGGCAACCGAGUGGUAUCGAUAGCCCACACACUUUGAAUAUGGUUCAUUCUCAAACACCUGACGAAUAGGUUAAUUAAUUAUCUGGAUAAUUUUUUUUAUUCAAAUCAUUACAUAAGUUUCCAGUGAAGCUGACAGAGUGUACACCUAUAUUUUUAGAUGGAGACCCCAUAAAAUACGUAUGUUUUAUAAGAGUCUUAGUGAUGUACCUGUUUAAUAAAGGGUUAACUGACGAAUCAAAGUUAAUGUAUUUGUUAAAACAAUAGACAGGGGCUGUUUCCAGUGCAAUUCAAUAGUGUGAAUUAUUACUGUCAUUUGAAUGUCAGAAGAGUACUUCGACUGGCUUUGGAAGGUCAACAGAGAUUUUCGAGAUGAUGAAAAUAAAUGGUCGUUAAAUUAAAAUCUACUCUUAGGAUCUUAUGGCCUUCCUCGUUGGCUUUCAGUUUACGAUAACAAUUUGAUCUGGUUCAUAAAUUUAUUUCCAUGUCAUUGGUUUUCAAAGCACUUACUGUGAUCCGUUUUCUACAAAAACUUGUGGAUAAGCACCUGUCUACUACUUAUAAAACUAGCGUGUUCUGCCGGAUCUCCGUCAAAAUAUCUAGGCGGAUAUUCUCGGAGUUUAAACAAUAUCCUAUCCUGAUAAAUUAACAUAUCUGAUGGAUUCUCAACCUCUCUCAUAUAAUACAGUCUCUUGUUCAAUCAUGGCGAAAUUAUUAUUGUUAUGGAAUCAACGGAUUCUGAUUCAGUUAAAAAAAUUGUUAGUGGUUUAAAUACAUAUGCUUCAUUGACAGAAAUGCUGACGUAUUUUUUGUUGAUUAUUAGGCGUAAACUUACCCCUUAAAAUCACAUAUAAGCUUAUAAUCUAAAACAUUGAUUUCUGGUUCGUCAGUAUCUUAUGUAAACUUUAAAUGUCAUUGAAUUCAGUGUAUAACACUAUCUAAUUGAACAAAUGCAUACAUUGCUACUAAUUUUACCAUGUGUUACAGCAUCUUUUCGAAUUAAGAAAUCAUCUAUGUCCAUGUAAAUCAUCCCUAGUCUAUACAUGUAAAACUAAUUUUGAAGUGUAUCUUUUAGUUGUAUUAUUGUCUCCUUAAGUUUUUGAGUUUCAAGUGGCUUGUGAGUGCCUAAAGUUUAGAAGUUAAUUCAAACACCGAUGUUUGAUUAUAGGCAUGAAAAUGUCCUAUUUCUCUCUUCCUUUGGGGCGAUAAAAUAUGGUUUACAUAUUGCCGGUUAAACUAAUGUUUCAGUUGAUCAGUGACCUUUGAAAUACUACCUAAUUCAUACUUUAACACGUUCUAAUAUUUUAAAAUUUAUUUUCAUUCAUAUUUAUAAUGGUAGGCUUUUAUGUAGCUUAUAGAUGUGUUUGAUGUUUAAUAGUAGAUUUUUAUCAUCUUUAAUAUUCACAUAGAUAAUCGUUAAUAAGGUUGAAUGUUGAAUUGUAUCCACUAUUCUCUGCUUGUUAAUAUUAUCUAUCGUAUUUGAUUUUAUGACCACAGCAAAUGUUGGACAUCGAAAUGCUUCCUUAAUAUAUCAUCUUUUCUUGGAAUAUUCCUUUCGAUUAUCUUUAAUCUUAAAUUUCUCAUCACAAUUUUGUGUAUUUGAAAGUUGAACUAGUCAUUAUGUAAAAUUCAAUCAAUUUAGCCUUGUUGAGACAUGUCACCUUAAUGUUAGUAGGAAAAUAUACUUAAAACGUUUUGUAAUGAAUCCUAAUUCCUUAGAUGUCUAUCAUUCACUGGACAGUGGUUGAAUUAAAAUCGAAUUAAUGAUGGAGUCUAUUUCAAAAGCUUGUUGAUUAUUAUCCUGUGUUAAUCGAGGUUUUCUUUAAACCUUCAUCAUCAUUUGUGUUACUAAAUUAAAAAUGUAUGAUGUAAACGAAAGUAUAAUCUUCGAAAACUUUCCCGCUCGUGUUGGUACUUUAAACAAACCCACAUCAAUUGGAUUUAGUCCUGGUGGGCGAUUUCUUUGUGUUGGACAAUGUAAUGGUCGCGCUGCUCUUUACGCUUUGAGUCAUUACAGCGACUAUUGAUCUGAAUCAGUUACCAUUGUACAUAGGUAUUUUCUAUUUGAUUUUGUUCUCAAGAUUUGUGUACACAUUAAAUUGUUUAAAAUAAAAUUAAGCUCGAUGAUUA